CAUAAAAACAAGCAAACAGACAUUAAAUGAACCAGAAACAAUAAUAAAAAUAAAAUAAAACCACUAUCUACAAUGUGCCAUAGGAAUUAUUAGACUAAUGUAAAGGAAAAAGUAUUAGCACACAUUAUGGUGCAUGUACAUUUGACAGAUAAGUUAAUAGUGGGCGUAUAAUAUUUUGUAAAAGGAAGGAAAAUGAUACAAUGUCGUUUGUAAAAGAUUAUGGAGAGUAUUUGUUAACAAAUGUUGAGUGCCAGGCCUAUAAUUACCACAAGGAUAAACGAUUACUCUAGCAGAAGAAAAUUGUCAGGUAUACUAGGUCUAUGUGGUAAAUAUCAUGCUUGUAUACAUUAUAUUAUAUUAUGGCCCCAAAACUAUAACAUCAAGACUCACCUCAGUCUAACCUUCAAUUACAAUGCCUUUUAAAUUAAAACUAAAAAAAACCCGUCAAUACAAUGUUGUAUCUAAAAACCUCCUAGUUAUCUCCAUCGAGCUUUUAGAUGGUACAAAUGUCGAGUGCACUUUAAGCUCUGAAAGUCUGGGCAAAGAAUGCUUCGAACAUGUCUGCCAAAGGGCUAUGAUCAACCAAACACAGUUCUUCGGCUUGCGCUACAUCACCAAACAAAACUAUCCAAAAUGGGUCGACAUGGACAUGCCUUUAAGAAAACAAUUAGAGAAAUACGCUUCAUCCACAACUUUAUAUUUGAGAGUCAUGUACUAUGUUACCUCUGGAGUUUCUUUGAUCACGGAUGAAAUGACUCGGUAUCAUUAUUUCUUGCAUCUCAAGAACGAUGUGGCCGAUGGUAGGAUAGUUUGUAAUUUUCAGCAAGCUGUACUGUUAGCGAGUUAUAGUAAACAGGCUGAGUAUGGGAAUCAUUUGGAAACUAAUACAGAACAUUUGAAGCCGCUUUUGGCUUGUCCUAAAUAUAUUGUUGAGAAUAAUUUAUUGGAGGCUUUAACGGAAGCUGUGAUGAAGCAUAGUGCUGUUUUGCAAAAUAUGUCGCAAGCUUUGGCUGAAGAAUAUUAUAUUGCGACUUGUCAGGAGUUGGAUGGUUAUGGAUUGGAGAAUUUUAUAGCAUAUGAAGAAAGUAAUAAAGAAGUUGUAUUGGGGAUUUCAGUUUUGGGUAUAAGUGUUUCACAUGAGGUUGCACAAACGAAUACAAAAUGGUAUAGGUGGUCGGACAUAAGUAACGUUAUCAAUAACAAGAGAACUUUUACAAUAGAGUGUUCAGAAGAUGAGAAAAUGGUAAACUUUAAUUUUAAUAAUGCCGAAUAUUGCUAA